CUAGUUUUUUUAAUUUGAAAUUAAUAUUUAUUUUUAAUUACAUAUAUAUAGCUUUUAAUAUAUUUAAUUUAAAUUACAGUUAGGAAAGAAUAAUUCAAGGUACAGAACAGUCCAACAUAUAUGCUAAAAAACAUAUCUUCACGCAGAUUUUUGAAUAAACGACAAUGAAGUUAUUCAUAGAUCGCAACCAAAAAUUUUUUAUCAAUCUUUCGAGAAGCGAUUAUAACCUACUUUAGAGUAAAGAAACAAAUAUUCAGUAUUGUACGUUCGGUUUCCAAAAUUGAUCGGUAGUAUUACGAUUUAAUACGAUGUAAUGGAUGAAUUUGGAAACACAUGGCAGGAACAUAAAUAUGGCACCUGUUUGUGCUUCUCGAUGAUGGGCGGUAGAAAGUUCCGAAUCUCGGUAAUUAUACACAAUCGACGAAUCCUUUAAUCAGUUGAUCCAUCGAUUUGUUAAACAAUUGUCUUCCCUAUUCGACGUAUGCACGACGCAACAUUUGCUUUUGUGAUAAAUUUUUAUAGGUAAUUAUAAAUAUAAUACGAGAAAAAUGAUAUCGUUUCCUAAAAAAUCCGUGUAAAAUAUAAAAUAAACGUCUACUUGUGUGUGUGUGUGUGUGUGUGUAUCUGCAUGAGCGCACCUAUCGCAUACAACUCGCAAUUCCAUCGACUAAUUAGUAGAACUUGUCUCUCGAGGUGUGCGCAAUUAGCGCCUCCCCGGAAGCGGGCGAUGCGCCCAUCGGUAUUAUGUCGGCGAGGAGAAAAUGCUCGACGAUUUCCGGAACGGAGGACUCCAAGAACGCUUUCCUUUCGCGACGAGAUAAGAAUCCGAUUACUCGACACGCUUCAACGGUACCAUCGGAUUCGAUUGAUGUCGCGAGGGAUUUGUGCGCAAUACUCGAAAAUGAUCCUUUGCGAAAACCCAGUAAUAUCGAAAGCGAUGUAGAUUAUUGCGGAUUUCCAUAUUACAGAAGUAAUAGAUCAGAUGGUUUUCAAGAUGCCGUUCUGGUCAAGGAUGUAGGAGUAUCCUGCAAUCUUUUAAACAAAAAUAUAGUCGAGCCUGACAUACCGAUUUCAGGGGUUGAGAGCUAUCUUGUUAGACAGCUCAAACUUGAGUACAAUGAAUUAUCAAAUAUUACAAAAAAGCUAAAUGCAUAUACUAAAGAUAUUUUGAGUAACUUAGCAUCGAGACGCAAAAGAAAAGAUCACAUUCUUGAAAAAUUGCAUGUAGCUCCGAAGCAUGUAAUGGCAUCACAAUGUACAGACGAAGUAGGAAAUCCCUGCUUAAAAUUAAGAUUUCGCGAUGAUGUGAAGAAAAAAUGUAGAUCAUCCACUAUUGAUUUAAACAAAAGUUUCAUUAAAAAGGAAAUUGUUAAAGAGAAAAUGCAUGGGAAUAGUAAUACGGAAAAGCGAUGUGCGGAGUUUGAUAAAGCUUUCACGAAAGGAUUCCUCGAACUCUCGUCGAAAUGCAGUGGCGUGUUGCUUCGUAAUUACCUGAUAAAGAAGAGAGAGAAAGUACCUAGCAAUGCGUUGAAGGCAUAUUUACGUAAAAUUGAAAAUUUCUCGCCAUCUAGUAGCUUGUGCAUGGAUCGUAUGUGCAAUAAAUCUCGCGAAUGCUUUUACAUGAGCAAAUGUAAUCCUCUGGUAUUCACCAAUUGGCAGGAAAUAUCCAAGCGUAAGAGUUGCAAAUCCAAAAAUGCGUUUACCGCUAAUAUUUCCGACGAGUCGCGACACAGAGUAAUUGACACGCAAUCGGAGAAAGCCGGAUUCAAAUGCGGAUUUGAUUAAUUAUAUCCUUUGUUAAAUUAUUACUUUUUAUGAUAUUUUUAUGAUAUUGUUUUAUUGUUUUUUAAAUAUUUGUAUUAUU